AUAUAACUUCACACCGUUCUCCCCUCUCCCUUCUUCUCUGUAAACCCUUCCGUUGAUUGAUCCCAAUUUCCUCUCUCUACCUUCCGCCGCGAAUUACUCUUAAGUCCGCCCUCGCCGUCGUAGCGUUGUUGGCGAUGGGACUAUUGGAUCAGCUCUGGGAUGACACGCUUGCCGGACCGACCCCGGAUUCCGGCCUCGGCAAGCUCAGGAAGCACCCAUCUCUCACUUCCCGAUCCGCCGCCGUGAAGGAAUCCUCCAAUGGGAAGAGGUACGAGGAAGGAGUAGUAAUGUCGUCAUCGUCCUCGGAGGAUAGUGUGAAAGUUUCUCGGAGGAUUAUGAUCGUAAAGCCACCUGGUGGUUACCAGUAUGGUUCACCGCCGGUGUCGCCUGCCGCCUCUUCCACUCCACCGUCAUCUCCUUUUUCCGGUAGAGAAUCAUUUAGAUUUCGAAGAAGAUCGACAUCGGACGCUUAUGGGAAGACGACAAGUGAAGUCGGAGCUCGGACUCCUACUUCUCCUUUUGACAUGUGAGAUAUGACAGUGAUAUCAACUCGAUCAUAAUCUUCGGCCCCAAAACUUUGGAUGAGAUCAAUGACGAGUGAAAAUCCUUGUAUCUUUUAGGGUUUGCUUAAUAAUGUCUAUAGCUUUUUGUCGAGAAACGUUGAAAGACUUUAGUGAGCCCGUUCGAAUUACAUAGGUGUGCUUUGGUCAUAUAAUAGAUGUGUAGGUUUGUCGUCCCGUGGCCUGCUGAGAAUAAUUAUAGGAAAGGAUUUUGUUUGUGUGGUCUUCAUGUUCUUUUGUGUAUGGUUUGUAGUUUUAUCACUUGUAGUAAUAUCUCUCAGUUGACAAUGAUGGUGUCUUUACUUUGUGUAAAAGAGAGACCAACAUUUUCCUUUUACCUAUUUUUUCUGUUUAA